AUGUUGUUGAUGUGUCGCGAGUGGCGUCGCGUGACGUCGCGCUGCCGCGGAGUGACACGUGACAAUCGGUCGCGGCGCGGCGCUGCCGCCGUCGGCGUUGCACUCAACACUUACGACCCGAGCGCGACCAAUGGCGGCCAGUGGCCACCGUCCUCGGCGUCACUGCCCGCCACAAGGGCCAGGGUGACCACACACUUCCUAACCAUACUGAGGCCGGCUCGCAGUCGGUUUACGAAACGAGACCACGUCGACGAAUUAUCUACAACGGUAACAGCGGGCGGCGUGGCGGAGGGCGGCCCGGGACAGGCCCCUGCGUGUGGGCUCCGCGACCCGGGCCGGGCCCUGCGCGUGGGCCCCCGCAGCCCGGCGUAG